AUGAAAAUGCUUCUAUUUGAUGUUUGGGCCCUGAUGGUCUUGAUUUCUUGCUCAGGGGCCACAGAAGAACUGUUUGAGGUUUCUAUUUGGCCAAAUCAGGCCCUGGUGGAGUAUGGACAGUCCCUCGUGGUCAACUGCAGCACCACCUGUCCAGAGCCAGGACCCAGUGGAAUUGAGACCUUCUUAAAGAAAACCCAAGUGAGCAAAGGGCCUCAGUGGAAAGAGUUUCUCCUGGAGAACAUCACAAAGAAUUCCUUCCUGCAGUGCUUCUUCUCUUGUGCAGGAAUCCAGAAGGAUAUAAGCCUUGGCAUCACUGUGUAUGAGCCACCAAAGCUGGUGAUCCUGGAGCUGCAGCCUGCAUGGGUGGCAGUGGAUGAAACCUUUACAGUGACGUGCCAGGUGCCCAGUGUAGCACCCUUGGAGAACCUUACCCUUACCCUUCUCCAGGGUAACCAAGAAUUGUAUAAAAAGAACUUUGUGAGCUUGGCUAUGGACUCCCAAAGAGCUGAGAUCACCAUCAAUGUCAGAGCCCAAAGAGAGAAUGACAGGUGCAAUUUCUCCUGCCAUGCAGAACUGGAUUUGAGUUUACAAGGUGGAACGCUCUUUGAAGGCAGUUCACUCAUCAAGGUACUUCGGAUCUUUGAAUUCUCUCAGAGCCCCCAGAUCUGGGUCUCUUCACUUAUGGAGGUUGGGAUGGCAGAGGCUGUGAGCUGUGAGGUGGCUAGGGUGUUUCCUGCCAAAGAAGUUACAUUCCACAUGUUUCUGGGAGAUGAGGAGCUGAACCUCUUCCCCUUCUGGGAGGAGGACACAGUAUGGGCCAAUGCCACUGUUCGAGCAAUGGAGACUGGUGACCAGGAGCUGUCCUGCCUCGCGUCUCUGGGUCCAGUGGAACAGAAAACAAGAAAGCCAGUACACGUUUACAGUUUCCCACCACCAAUCCUGGAACUAGAAGAGUCAUACCCAUUGGCAGGGACGGACAUUAAUGUGACCUGCUCAGGGCAUGUAUUAACAUCACCUAGCCCUACUCUUCGACUUCAGGGAGCCCCAGAUGUCCCUGCCCCUGGGAAGCCUGCUUGGCUUCUGCUUACCACCAGAGAGGAAGAUGAUGGCCGAAAUUUUUCCUGUGAGGCCUCUUUGGAGGUGCAGGGUCAGCAGUUGAUUAAAACCACUGUGAUCCAGCUCCAUGUCUUAUACAAGCCAAGGUUAGAGGAGUCUGGUUGCCCUGGCAACCAGACAUGGGUCGAAGGGAUGGAAGAAAUGCUUGCCUGCGUCCCAAAGGGAAACCCAGCUCCAGCCAUGGUGUGUACCUGGAAUGGGGUCAUCAUUGACCUUGAAGUGCCACAGAAGGCAACCCAGAACCACACUGGAACCUACUGCUGCACGGCUACUAAUCAGCUGGGCUCCGUCAGCAAAGACAUUGCUGUUGUUGUUCAAGGUCUGGAGAAAGGAGUCAGCUCUACUAUCUUUGUCAUUAUUAUUGUAGCCCUUGGAGUGGGUGUAAUCACUGUAACACUAUAUUUGAACUAUCGGCCCUGCAAAGUAGAGAGGAGAAAAUUGCCCUAUAGGCAGACAGAGACGAACAAAGAAGAGGAAAGCCAGUUUGCUUUCCAACAAGCAGAAAAGUGCAACUCACAUAAUUGUUGA